AUGGAUGCGCUUCCGCUCACAGUAGUGGGCAGAAAUGCACCAGUCCCUGCUCAAACGCUGCCGGUUUUGCCAACUUCUGGACAUGGUGCGCAUGCUGCAUAUAGACCUCAAAGUAAGCAGAAGCUGACUAGAAGCAACCAUGCCGUUUUGACGAGCUUCGCUGCACUUGGCCUGCGAAGACUUGCCAUCCGCGGCCGCUGGCAGUGCUUAGCUGCAAGUGAGCGAGGCGAAAUUGAGCAACUUCUGGAAGCCUUGCAAGGAGUCUGGGAAGAUGACGUGGGCCUCAGCAUUUCUGUUAAAGGUACAGAUGUCGAUUUCGGAGAUGGCUCUGGGCCCUGGGAGGUGAAGGCCAAAGGUUCAAGUCUCUACCUCCGUGGCACACGCUUCAUCGGAAGCCCUGAAGCUCCUGCGUGGGAGUUCCCCAAUGGCGUGCAGCGGACCUGGUCCCGACCAGAGCCACUGAGCCCUGAGCAGGAGACAUGGCGAAGAGUUUUCCUAGAGUACAAGGCUGGUCGCUUGCAACUGCGACGGCAGCUCUGGGCGAGCCUUGUGGUAGAGGAUGGCGAGCGAUCAAAGGAACUGCUUGACAUCUGGAACUCGGGCAAUGUGACGGGCCAUGAUGAUGGUGAGUACAGCUUUGAGCAGCAGGCCCGGCUGUCAGCUGGACGCUUCAUCGCUCCUUGGUAG